AGGGUUUUUUUUUUAUUGACGUUUUAAAUUAAAUAAAUAAAUUUAAUAAAAUAUGUGGAUAAGUUAUUAAGUUACCUACCCACAGACAAGUCAUUUCGUAUGAGUUAUUUUUUCGGGUAAAUAAACAAUCAUUAUAAGCAGAGUGAAAACAAAAACAGCUUUCAGAAAUAAAAAACAAAACUAAACAAAAAAAACUUCAGCAAAUAUAAAACAAAUAAUUUAAAAUUUUUCGCAAUCUCGCUAUAUCCCAUGGUUUCGCGGCCGCUGACUUCGAUUACCGAUAAUAAUUAACAGGUUACGCGAAGGCGGUGGUGCAGUCGUAUACUUAAUUAUAGUGUAUUGUUUGUUUGGUAACGAAAUAAUAAUAUAACAUUUUAAUGGGUUUUUGCUGCUUUCUGGUUUUCUCGCAACGUCUGUCGUCGGAAAACAUCUCGUGGCGGGAAAUAUGUGCACGACGCGUACACGCAGACCUAGAUUUACAAUAUUAUGUGCAGCUAGUGCGUCCGAUCAAUUCGUCUCGGGGAAAACUCGACCGGAUGAUAUAGGUAGAUAUAUGAAAAGCGUUCAGCAGCCGACGUUCACACCCAGACGGACCGAGACGGGAGAGGGGCACAACGGUGUCGGACUAAAGCAAUAUUAUGAUAUAUACCAUGCCUAGUAUAAUCAGUUCAUUUAUUUACUAAAAUACACGACCGAAGUCUUAUCUAUUUGUCAUUUGACUUAGCCAUUGUAUAUAUAUAUAAAUAAUAUAUACAUAGUACAUACAGUGAAAAUACAUAGGUAGAAUAUUUAUACAUGCUUCCUCUCUCGCGACUUGUGCCGUGGUGAUAAAUAUAUUAUAUAAACAGAAUACGACGUAAAAAAAACAAAACAGCACGAACAAGAGUAAAACGCGACGACGGCGAAGAAAACGGGCACGUCCGGCGGUAGGGAGCGGUGUAGUUUUUUUUUUUAUAUAAGUAAAUUUGGAUCGGUGCAACAGUGGCGGUCGCGUUCCAUUAGUUCCAAUUAAGUUGUUUCGCGCCCCUGUGGAGGUGCAGUACGCAUCGUGUCUGUCGCGCAACAGGAUUAGUCGACAGUCUACAGUAGUCGGCCUACGCGAACAUGGCCAACGAGAAAUCACUCAAAGAGUCCCUGCUGGCCGCCUCACCGUUCCUAAUCAAAGUCGUGGAAAUCAUAUUGGGCUUGACUAGCAUUUGUCUGAUCAUCAGCCCGUACUCGUCGAGACUGCACACCAGCACCGGUAGAGCAGGUUUCGUGUACUCGGCUCUGUCCGGCGCAGUCUUGGUCGACCUUCUCAUAGUGGUCAGCCAUUUCUUACAACAAAAGAUACCGAAAAAGCCGUGCUUAAUCGUGUCGUGCUGGUAUGGUGUGAUGCUGGCUAUAGCCGCCGGCAUAAUAUUCUCCGACUGGAGAGCGCUCCAGUUCGCUCUCCAGGUACGUCCAUCCAAGAACAGAAUGGAUCUGAUGAUAUCCUCGGCGAUCACAGCCACUCUGACAUCCAUCACAUUUUUCGCCGAUUUUGUGUUGACUUUCAGGUACGGAUGAAAUCGCGCAAAUAAAGUAUACGAGUGCCCAUCUGCCUAUCUACAUCGUAUACUCUGCCACAGGACAUAAUUUAGAAUCGGCUUUUAGAACAUGUUAUUUUUUUCAUAGUUAUCACCAUUUUAUUAUUUAUCAAACGUCACAAAAAAUUCACAGCUAUUCAUUAUAUCAUAUCGACGUUUUUCUCACGUAAAUUGCACUUUUUUAUGUAUAGUUAUAAUAAUAAUAACACGACGAAUACAAUAUUGUAACAUUAAAUUCAGCAACCCUACGGUUCACAGAUAGCCGAUAGGUAAUACAUAAUAUAUAUUAAUGUACGAUCAAUAUAUCUGGGGUCCGACAGUUAAUGUAAUGAUACUGCCGUAAAACAAACAUACAACAAAAUUUUUUUUAAAUUUUAAACCAACCUCUAUCAUAAAAUACAUAGAUGUAUAGAAAUUAGGUAUACAAAGUCUUAUAUUACUGUUUUUGCAAACUGCAUUUUAUUUUAUAUUCAUUAAGAAGUUUGUUUAAAUGGCUAGAUAAUAUAGUCUUAACAAUAGUUAAUGGUACAACUUGCUAUGUGAAAAACUAAAUUAUAAUUUACAUCAAUCAAGUGCUUUUAAAACUCAAAAAUUGAUAGC